AUGGACGAAAAGUGGCCAGUUGUUAUGCAGGUAUAUGAAAUUCAACUAUUUGAUGAGUUUGUUUUAAGAGGAAAUAUUGCUGUUCUGCACUGUCCAGUCCCGAGCUACGUGAGUGAUUAUGUCAAAGUAGCAUCAUGGGAACGGAUGGAUGGAUUUAUUAUAACACCGAAUAUAAUAAGUGGGAAGUAUGGAAUGCUGGAUAAUGGUGAUCUUUAUAUAAAGGAUUCAAGUGAACAUGAUAAUACAUAUCAGUUUCGGUGUCAAGUUGAAAACUCCAUAACAAAGGAUAAACAUGUUAGCCGAAAUUACGCAAGAGUCAUUGUUACAGAACCCCACCAUAAUGAAGCCCCUAGGAUAAUAAGAAGAUUCAACCGAGUUUCUUCAAGAGUAGGACAAAGAGUUACUCUACCAUGCAUUUCUCAAGGACAUCCGGUCCCGAAUCACAGAUGGAGAAAGCAAUUUGGUGAUGAACUUACAUUGACUGGACUAGGACCUCUCGUAAGACAGGAAAAUGGAAUUCUAAUUUUUGAAAAAAUAAAAUCUUCCCAUGCUGGAAAAUAUGUGUGCUAUGUAAGCAAUACGAUGGGUGAAGAUAAAAUGGAAACUGAAUUAAUAGUUGAAGAAGAUAUAACAGCAACAAUUUUUCCAAAAAUUGCAAGAACUGACAUCGGUAAAAAUGCAACUUUUAACUGCUCAAUAAUAGGAGGACCAGUGGACUCAGUGAUAUGGAAAAAAGAUAUGAAAUUCGUCUCUUCGAAUAUUCGAAUUUCCUACCCAACUCCAACUAUACUCCAUCUCACUAGAGCAGUGAGACAAGAUGCUGGGAUGUAUCAAUGUUUUGCCACUAGAGACGUGUUUGGAAAUCAAGCAAGCGCUCAGCUGAUUAUUGGAGAUGUUGCACCUAAAUUCAAAAUGACAUUCCCCGAGAAAAUAGUUCGAUCUGGUAGUUUUGUGUCCUUGAUGUGUGUCGCAACGGGUAAUCCAGUUCCUCAAGUUAAAUGGUCCAUGGACAAUAUAUGGCCUCUUUCUACUCGUCCUGGAGUUUUGGUCAGCACUUACUUAAGCAACCAUGGAGAGGUUUUUAGCUAUGUCAACAUUACUUCUCUAGACAUAACUGACAGCGGCCUCUACUCCUGUGAAGCUCUUAAUGAUGCCGGUAGGACAGUCCAUUCUAGAAGACUAAAUGUUUUUGGUAGCCUCUUCAUCCGACCUCUCAAUAAUUUAAGUGCUCUCUCGGGAGAAGAAUUUUCAGUACUCUGUCCAUUUGGAGGUUACCCAUUUGAUAGUAUCAUCUGGAAGAAGGAAGGCAGACUAUUGCCUGUGAACCAAAGACAACAAGUGUUUCCAAAUGGAACUUUAAAAAUAUCAGAAAUGCAGCCCGGUACAGAUGAUGGUAUCUACAGUUGUGAAGUUUUAUAUAAUCAAGGUAUACCUGCCAUAAGAACGUUUUCCAUCGUUAUACGAACUAAACCAAACAUUGGGCAAUUUAGCUUUCCCGGUAACCUUCACGAAGGAAUGCGGACAGCAGUAACUUGCAUUGUAGUUGCCGGUGAUCCACCAAUUACAACAAGAUGGCUAAAAGAUGGUUUGCCUUUAAUUGAAGAAGAGUUUGAUGCUGACAUAUACUAUGGUGGAAAUGGGUUUGUGUCGACCUUGACACUAAAUACGUUGGCGUUUAAACAUAACGGUGAAUAUGCGUGCAUGGCGACAAAUGAUGUUGGAUCAGGAUCAUUUUCUACUCGACUGACAGUUAAAGUGCCACCGAGAUGGAUUUUACAACCAAGAGACACAUCAGCUAUUGCUGGGCAUUCAGCAAAAAUUGAUUGUCAAGCUGAUGGCGUUCCUCAGCCUCAUGUAAGAUGGAAAGUAAACUCAAAUGCGUCUCCAGAAAAUUUCAAGACAAUUGUGAGCAGUUCUCAUGUUCACAUAUUAGUUAAUGGAUCACUGAAUUUCAGAAAUGUUGAAAAAUCUGAUGAAGGAUCUUAUCUUUGUGAAGCUAAUAAUGGAGUUGGAACAGGUCUAAGCACAGUGGUCCGAUUCACAGUUCAUAGUUCACCCAAAUUUGAAACAAAGUUCUCUACUUUAACAGUAAGAAGAGGUGAAAAGGUGAAAUUAAACUGCAUUUCUAGUGGUGACAUCCCAAUGACAUUUACUUGGCGAAAAAAUGGAGUUAUAAUUGAUUUAUUAUCAAAACCAAGGUACAGUCAGCAGUUGCAAAACAUCAGGGGAGGAGAAAGUGUGGAUUUGAUUAUCGAAAAAGCUGAAAGGGAGGACUCGGCAUCCUUUACAUGCACGGCAAUGAAUGACUUCGGAGAAGAUUCCAUGAAUUUUCAAUUAACCGUCCAAGGUAAACAGAUUUUGAAAUUCAAUCUCGUCUCCCGUUGA